AUGGAUUUCAAUAACCGAAGAAGCUGUGGGAAGGAGUUGUUCUGUUACGUGCACAUUGGUGGACAUUUUGAAGCAAAUGGUGAAGGGAUAGUUAAAUAUAUUGGAGGGAGUGUAAGGGUAACCAGUAUAAAAGAAUGGAUAAUAGUAGACGAGUUGUGUGCAAUAAUUUCACAGUGGAUAGGCAAUGAUGGUGGUGGAUAUGAGAUUAAGUAUAAAGUUAAAUUUGAUGAGAGUACAUUCAUUGAUCUUUGUGAUGAUGGUGAUACCUGCAACUUGUUUAGAUAUAAUAACAGCAGUGGUCAUGUGUAUGUAGGAGGGAAAGGGAAUGAUAGGGAACCUAGAGCAAGGAAUGAUCCAGACGUGAGUGAGAAUUUAUUUGGACUUUCACAAGACAUGAAUACAUUUGAAAUGACCAUUGGUGAUGAACAUGAGCCAGUGAAUGUUGAGAAUGGAGUUGAAUGCCUAACUUUUGAAGGAGGCGGAUCAAGUCAGAGAAGCAAGUGUAGUGGUUUAGAGAGUCAGGGAAGACUGACAGGCGAGAUGAAUUGUACGAAAUGGGCAGGAGUGUUUGUAGGAGUGGGCCAAUAUGUUCCACAUGCUGUUGCUUUUAGGGAAGCUGUGUACCAGUUCAGUAUUGCAGAGAAGUUUGCAGCGAGAUAUAUCAGGAAUAGUAAGGAGAAGAUGAAUGUGAGGUGUAAAGUAGAAGGGUGUCCUUGGAAGAUAUGUGCAAAUGCUGUUGGAAAGAACAGUCAUCUAUUACGUGUGACUACAUUUUGCAAUAAGCACAUUCAUUCAGCCCAAGACAAUUUGAUUGUGACUUAUGGUGGGAGUGCUGCGUUGACAUCAUCAGUAAUAGUUGAAGAGAUAAGGGACCAUGCUGAAAAACGGCCCACUGAGAUAAGGAAAUGUUGGAGAGGGAGUAUGGCCUCCAUUGGUAAUAGAUUUGAGCGUGUGUUCAUUGCAUACGGUGCAUGUGUUGAGGGUUUUUUGAACGGUGCAAGGCCUAUAUUAUAUGUUGAUGGUACUCAUUUAAGUGGUCCAUAUAAGGGGACGUUACUGUCAGUUUCGGCAUAUGAUGCGGAUAAUGAGCUGUUGCCGUUUGCAAUAGCAGUGGUGAAGGGAGAGAAUCUUGAUGAUUGGACGUGGUUUUUUUACAAGAUUAAACAAAUAGUUGGUUCAAUGCAACUGACUAUUGUGUCAGAUAGACAUAAUUCUAUAAUUGGUGCUGUGCAAGUAAUAUUUGGGUGUGAAAGGCAUGCAUACUGUUAUAGGCAUGUGAAGGAGAACUUUAGCUCUGAAUAUAUGAAAUUAAACAGAGGUCGGAGAAGGACAAGUGAAAAUUCAAAGGAAGAUGCAUUGAAGGUACUGGAUAAAGUGGCUUAUGCAAGACUUGCGGAUGAGUUUGAUCAUGCGCUGGAUGAUCUCAUAACCAUGUCUCAUGAGUUAUAUGAGUGGGUUAUCAAUCAAGGUGAUGUGGAUAGAUGGGCAUUGAGCAAGUUCCCAUAUAGAAGGUGGGACAACAUAACAACUAAUUUAGCUGAAUCUUUUAAUGCUUGGAUGGUAAGGGAGAGGAAGCAUAACGUGGCCAAAAAGAUCCAUGAGCACCGGGAGAAAGUAGCAAGAAAGAUGCAUGCAUCAUAUGCAGCAAUGACUAAGUGGAGUAAUUGCGUUGGGCCAAAAAUAGACGCAAAAGUAUUGGAGCAUGUGUAUUUCGGUAGGUACAUGCACUGUGAGAAUUAUGGAGGGGGAAGAAUAUGCGUGCACACAUCACGUGGAGACCAAAGAGUGGACCUUGGCCUACACCAAUGUAGCUGUCGAACUUGGCAAAUGUUAGGAUUCCAUGCUCACAUGCUUGUGCAGCCAUUAAGACAUAGGGGGAAAUGUUUAUGA